CUGCACAGCAUGUUAGGCUGACACAGCCUUACUAUUUCUGCAGCAGGUCUUUUCUUGCAAGAGCGGUUAUAGCCAUGUAAAUGUAUUUAAUUUAUUUUUAACAAACCUUACUUUUUUAUCUAAGGAGCUAUCUCUGCUGAGAGGAGUAAGUUCUUUCAGAAUGCUGGACGUACUGAUAAUCGGCUCUGGCCCCCAUGCUCUGACUCUGGCGUCAUUCUUGAAAGACUGGCAGCGUCUCAUAACACAGCCACCUUCUUCAACCAUACUGGAAGGGAUUGUGCUGAGUAAAAGCCAGACAAGAAACAGAGGGUACCGAAAUGCAAAAAAGUCAACAGAAAAAGAAAAAAUGUUAGACAAUAAUGACAACGCAUGUUGUCUGCCAUUAAAUGUCAAGGUUGUCGAUACUUAUGGAGAAUGGGUGACUCUCUGGGACAAGCAGUUCUGUGCUCUAAACAUUCCCCAUUUGCGCUCCCAUACAUUGGUGCAUACUGAUCCAUCAGACAAAAAAGCUCUACAGAAAUUUGUUGUAAAUGAAGAUCGUACAAAUGAGCUACACUGCCUACCAGAGACAAUCUGCAUUCAGGAUGAAAAUGCAUUUUUCAAUGAUAGCCGGCUGGGGAAGAAGGACAAGAAGAAGCUGUCAUCCAACCCAACUCUUAGAAAGAGUCUUUAUUUCAGUCUGCCAAGCACAGAACUUAUUAUGGACUUUUUCAAGGAUCAGGUUAGAAGGUACCAGCUGGAAAACAACAUAAUUACUGGAACUGUGGAGAAAAUCAUUCCUGUUUUGGAAACUUGCUCAGAGCCACUUACACCAAUCCACAGCCCAUUGUCAAAACUUCAAAAGCAGACACAGUUUUUCCAGGUUGUGCUGCAGAAUGGCACAGUAAUUCAGGCAAGGCAUGUUGUUCUUGCAACUGGCCCUACAAGGUGUCAGAUGGCCAACAUCCCUACCUGGGUCAAAACAAUAAGUGAAAGUUAUCCUGAGGACCGAUUGCAGCACACAGCAUAUCUAAUACAUGCACACUCCACAGGACAGGACAAACAAGUGCCAGCAGUGGUUUGCCAGAUGGAAGAGAAGAUUAUGGUGGUUGGAGGAGGUCUCACCAGUGCACAUAUAAUCCAUCUUGCUUUCCAGCAAGGUGCACAUCACGUUGUCUGGGUCUUACGUAAACAUCUACAGCUUAAGCAGUUUGAUGUUGGUGACAUUGAGACACUAGUUGGCCGAUAUUCUCACAAAGAGCAUGGUAUCAAACUAGAUGGCCUUGCAUACCUGCGCCAAUUUUAUAGUGAAAGAAGCUUAUAUAAACGCCUCAACAUGAUUCGCCAAGCAAGGAAAGGGAGUGCUGUGACCCCUGAAGCUUAUCAGCAAUUGAAGACAUAUUUGGACAAAGGCUGCCUUGUAAUUAAAUCCUAUUGUCAGGUUUCUGACGCUUUGUGGUCUUAUAAAGAACAGGAGUGGAAUGUCUCUCUAAGUACUAAAGAACAAUGGAAAGGUGAUCGCAUUUGGCUGGCCACUGGCUGCAAACUUGAUGUUACCCAAGAUCCUCUGCUUUCUAAUGUUAUGAAGGAGUUUCCCAUACAGGUAUUAGAUGGAUGGCCUGCAAUUACGGAAGACUUGCAAUGGGCCCCGGGCUGUGAUCUUUACCUCAUGGGGCAGUAUGCAGCACUGCAGAUAGGGCCUCAUGCUGUAAACCUGGCUGGUGGUCAGGCUGCAACUGCCCGAAUUGCAAAAGUCCUGCAUAAAAAACAUGAUCCUGGAAGUUCUGAGUGGAAAUCUUCCAAAGAAAAGAAGAUAGAAAGAAACUGCAUAGAAGACUAUAUCCAGCAAAUGUGGGGACUGAUGUGGUUAUAAAAGAAAUAAUUCUGAAUACUGAUCAAUGUUGCAUGUGCAGUACAACUGACCUUAUAAAACCAGUGACUAUACUGCUGGAAGUAUCAUGCUUGCAUGACCAAACACAAUAAGUAUGCAUUAGAAUGUGGCAUGUAAUGUGUGUAAGAAUAGUGUGUUUACAACACUGAGUAGUAUAAGAACUAACAGUUCUCAUUAAAUAUGCUUCAGAUUCCAAGGCUGAUCUUGUGAGUCCAUAUAACUAAAUACAGACUUCACUCUGAAUGUAUACCUACCACAGUGUAUAACUCUUGAGUUUUAGAUGGCAUUCUGAGAACAUCAUACUGCUAAAAGAUCUCAAAGGGCAUUUCUGUAUUAUCUUUAAAUGUUGAAUCAC